CGGAGAUCCUCUCAUUCAGUUCUCAUCCAUGUCGGAGACUCGGGACCAUGUCUCGUCUCUUUCUGUCUCAACAUCGCUUGUCCUGUCUCGCACCGUCUCAUGCCGUAGGGCACAUGCACGAUGCAAACGACCGAGGACAUGACGCGUCCACGGAGACGUGCGGCGCUGCAGGUAUCCCAGAUCUUCUCCGCCUGUUCCUUUUGCAAAGCACGCAAAAUACGAUGUGAUGGUGUCAGUCCUGCUUGUGGCGGCUGUGCGAAGUUUGGUCGACAGGCCAGCUGCUCGCUCCGGUCUAAUCGCGGGCGAGACUACCCAACAUAUCUACAGUCACGGAUCGAGAGCCUUCAGAGAACCCUCGAACAUCAUCGGGCCGCCUCUAGAGGUCAUGCUGGACCAGACCCAGACAGCAGAGGCCAUGGUGGGCAACCUACUGCACACUCGUCUGCCUCGCAGAGCGCCAUCGACUCCCUCAUAGCAGACAUUGGCGUCCUUCCGAUCAUGGCAUCAACAUAUUCCUCCACGCAUGAUGGUAUUACGCUGUCUACCGUCGCAUUGUCUACUGCGAGUAUGGGCUAUCCGUCUUUCUCGAUUGCAUCCCACCUGUCCCAAGUGCCCAACCUGGAGGAUCCAGCAUCUUUUCUUCCAGAACGGUCUCUUGCUGUCAAAUUGAUACAGCACUAUCUGGCUCAUGUCUACCCACGACUGCCCUUCUUCUCUAUACAAGGACUGUGGGCCCAGUUCGAGCAAGUCUACGCACUACCACACUUCGAAGCUGGGGCACAUAAUCCGACACCACCCAUCGAUCCGGAGGCUGUCCUCUCACCGAGCAUUGGGAGCUGCAACACGUCGUCUCAUAGCUACGGGUAUAGCUUCUUCACCGUGCUUCACGUACUGGCCAUAUCCGUGUCCAGCCUCUCUCGCAGUGCCGACAGCACGAGCUCCAACCAGGCCCGAAAGCUGUUCCAAGCAGCCCUAUCAUUCCGAGAAUUCGCCAUCCUGCCCAACUCGAUAGUCGGCGUCCAGUCACUUCUAUUCCUGAUUCAGUUUGCCACAUUAAACCCGUCAUUGCUGGAUGUAUGGUACUUGAUCGGCGUCGGCAUGCGCAUAUGCGUCGACCUGGGUCUCCAUCAGGAUCCUCGAGACGUCGACAAACUUAGCGAGAGUUUGCUCGAGACCCGGAGACGACUCUGGUGGAGCAUGUAUUCUUUCGACCGUUCCAUGAGCAUAGGCUGCAGCCGCGCGCAGGAGAUUUCGGACGCGGUGAUCAAUGUCGCUCUUCCAACCUUUCGAAUCGAGACAACAGCCAACGAAGCUGAGAUCCACGGAUACCUCCAACGGUAUCGUAUCCUGCAGAUUCAAUCAGAGAUAUAUGACUAUCUAAAGGCUGCACCGAGCUCCGACUCCCCAGACCCGGCAACGAUUGUCGCACGCCUUGGGCAGAAGCUCUCCGCCUGGCACGAUACGAACUCAGCAGCGCUCAACCAGACUUUGCUGCGUAGUGAAUGGCUCAUGGGUCGUAUUCUCCUCCUCCGUCCCUGCCCUUUGCUGCCUCACAGAUCGGUCGCCGAGGUUGGCGAGCUAUGGAAAGCAGCCACUGCCUUCACCACACUGUAUCGGGAUCUGGUCCAGACAAACUCCAUUUUCUACGUGCAGAUUGCAGCCGAGAAAGCUUACUGGAUCGGCUUGAUUGUCUUGCACUGCUAUUGGCGACUGCAGGCUAGCGAAGAAGCGCGGCGCAUGCAGGUUCGUCCGCUGGACCUGUGGACAACAAUUAAGGACAUUUUGUACAUCCUGCGGGCCUUGAGUGAUCGUUGGAAUCGAGGCAAAUGGCUCUACGAGGCCUUUGAUGACCUGAGUGGACGGUUUAUGCAUCUGGUCGAGGAAGAUGCCAACGGCACGAGCUUCGGUCAUCGUAUGCCAGCUGAGCUGCAGAACCUGAGCGAUUACACAAGUCUCACUAGUAUCUGGACAGACUCGCGUGCGUCGUGGGAUGAUACCCGUGGAGAAGGAUUGCAUUCUGAGGAGCUCGAGCGCUUGGUAUCCGACAUGACUUGA